AUGUCGACUCGUGUAGGUUCCUCGCUGAGGAGCUCUACGCUCAGAAUUGCUGCGCCAUGGUUACUGUUGAUGGCCCCGGGCUGCUUAGGUAUUCAGCUCUUUGACAGCACCAGUGCAGUUCCUUCUUCCAUUCCUGCAGACUGUGCUACUGCCUUGACAGCGAACAUCACCUGCGAAGUGCUCGUCUCCGCGGCGUCCGUUUCCAACCAACAAUACAUCGAUGUAGCAACUCUGGAUUCAUUAUGCACAACGACAUGCUCGCAGUCGCUGCUUUCGUUCCAACAAGAUGUGGAGAGCACAUGCGGAUCAGCCCCUUACGCCUUUGACGAGACCAGAAACCAGACUAUAUCCUCCGUCGUGGAUCCGCUGGUAUGGGCUUACAAUGUUGCAUGCCUAUCGAGCAGCAAUACAUUCUGCUACCCGGCAGUCCUAAACGCGUCCAGUGGUCUGACGGAAUGCUCAGACUGCUUGCUCCAGUAUGAGGCAGCCAUGCUGAACUCUGACUAUGGAAGAGUUAGAUUUGACCCAGACUCCUUCUCCACGCAGUUGUCGUCGUGCGGCAUUGCGGCGACGAGCUACCCCUAUACUGACCCCCCAGCAACGAGCACGACAGCCACAGGCACAAGCACCACGACAGCGCCAACUCAAACUUGCACCGGAACGAGCUACGUUGUUCAGUCAAGCGACACCUGUGGCUCCAUUGCCCAGGCAAACUCUAUAGCCACGGAUCGCUUUUUGAGCGAGAACAGUCUGGAUUACAACUGCACAACCCUCAAGACGGGAAACACUGUCUGUCUAGGAGCUAGCUGCGCGCUUUACGAGGUCCAACCCAAUGAUACUUGCGAUUCUAUCCUGGCAGAUGAAACCUUUUACCUGACACAGUUGCUAUCAUGGAACCCUACUAUCUAUGCCGAUUGUAGCAAUUUGGAUUCCAUGGUCGGCAGGGAAAUCUGCAUAUCACCGCCAGGCUCCACUACCUGGGAUGUUCAGCCACAGAACAUUACAACGAGCUGGAACGUAACAUUUGUGAUGCCGACGACUGUCUUCACCACUCUCCCAGAGCAGACGUCAGUUCCUACCUACAACACCACCUAUCUGGCACCGACAACACCCAUAAACAUUACCACGAUCACGGCAACAGCCGAUCCUACUGCCAUUGAAUCCUAUGUUUCCUUGCUGGUCUACUGUCCCAUAUCAUAUAAUGACACGAUGGACGGGUGGACCAUUCCUGACCUGCCUGACACCUGCGCCGACGCCUUGUCAUCUUACUGCCAACCACCGGCUGACGCGACAAUGCCGCCCAGUACCAGUUUCGACGCGACCUGUUACCCGAGCUACUGGGACAAUCUAGCCACAGCCACAGGCACAUCGGUGGCAACAACGACGACAACGAGCGGUCCACCCGGGCCCACACAGACUGGUGUCGCUAGUGACUGUGAUGCGUGGUAUGUCGUUCAAGACAACGACUCAUGUUCAGGGAUCGUGGAGAUGUACGGAAAUUUCACGCUGGACCAGUUCUACAGUUGGAACCCGGCCGUUGGAUCAAGCUGUCAGUACUUGGGCGUUGGCUACGCCGUGUGUAUUGGCAUAUCUGAUGGGUCCACGUCGUCAACUACAGGAACCACAAUCAGCGCCACCGCGACGACAACCACCAGCAGUGCCCCCUCCCCCAUCAUGCCAAGCACAGACCCCAGCUGUACCAGCUACUACUAUGUACAGAACGGCGACUCCUGUUAUGACAUUGAGCAGGAAUAUGAUAUUACUGCUGAUGAGUUCAACAAGUGGAAUCCGUACAUCGGAUCGGACUGUGCCAACCUAUGGGCGAGCGAAUACAUCUGCGUCGGCGCACCCGCGACCGGCACGCCCUCUACGGCGAUGACGGCAACCCAAACGGCGACGUCAACGGCAACUGCGCCUUCCCCAUUGGAACCAAGCACGGUAUCUGACUGUACGGCGUACCACUACGUUGUAUCUGGCGACUCGUGCUUUGACAUCGAGCAGCAGUACGACAUCACCGCGGACCAGGUAAAGGCCCCUGUCCCCAUGAUCCUCUUUGCGAUGUGGGAAGAAACUGAUCGUGUUUAG